AUGGAGAAUUAUCAGAAGCUGGAGAAGAUUGGUGAAGGUACCUACGGUGUCGUCUACAAAGCUCGAGACCUCACCAAUGGCGGCCGAAUUGUCGCCCUGAAGAAAAUCCGCCUCGAAGCUGAAGAUGAAGGCGUUCCAAGCACCGCCAUUCGCGAAAUCUCUCUCCUCAAGGAAAUGCGGGAUCCCAACAUUGUCCGCCUAUUCAACAUUGUUCAUGCCGAUGGUCACAAGCUGUACCUCGUUUUCGAGUUUCUCGAUCUAGAUCUCAAGAAGUACAUGGAGUCUCUCCCCGUUAGCGACGGUGGUCGAGGCAAGGCCUUACCAGAUGGUUCAUCGCCGUACUUGCAGCACCUAGGCCUCGGCGACAUGGUUGUUCGCAAAUUCAUGUACCAACUCUGUGACGGUGUGAAGUACUGCCACUCCCACCGCGUCCUCCACCGUGAUCUCAAGCCCCAGAAUCUCCUAAUUGACAAGGAAGGUAACCUGAAGCUCGCUGAUUUCGGACUUGCCCGAGCUUUUGGUGUGCCUCUGCGCACAUACACUCACGAAGUCGUUACUCUGUGGUACCGAGCCCCUGAAAUUCUCCUGGGAGGCCGUCAAUACUCGACUGGUGUCGAUAUGUGGUCCGUUGGCUGUAUUUUUGCUGAAAUGUGCACGCGGAAGCCUCUUUUCCCUGGUGACUCGGAAAUUGACGAGAUAUUCAAGAUCUUCCGCACUCUCGGUACGCCCUCUGAAGAGGGCUGGCCAGGUGUUACAUCUUACCCAGACUUUAAGGCAUCCUUCCCCAAGUGGCAACGCAACUACAGCAAUCCUCUGUGCAGCAACCUUGACGAACACGGUCUCGAAUUGCUUGAGAUGAUGUUAGUCUACGACCCUGCAGGGCGUAUCUCGGCCAAGGGAGCCUUCAAUCACCCUUACUUCGAACCGCUUCUGGCACAGGAGCAGGCAUCUGCUCAGGCGAAUGGCUAUUAUCACUAG